AUGUUUUCUCUUCGUAAGGCAGUAGCAUUACGAAUACAUAUUCCAGGACUCUACCUUUACUUGACGGCGAAACAACCCGGUUCUUCAGAGCUCAGCCCACAUACAAAAACUAUGUUCGAAAAAGCUCUCGAUCAACUCAGCUUCAGAACACUUACGGAACGGUCAUUAACUGAAGUGACCGACUUGCAAGAAAGUUUCUGCUGUGAGUUUAAACGGCCUGGUGACUAUGGAUCGGACUUCCAACGUGAGGGUGGUUGGAACGCGUCACUAGAAUACAACAAUCUCACGCUGUCGUGUCCAGUCGAGAAGGGCUGCCAUCAUGAGGAAUUUGAAGGAUGUCUAACGAGAAUACCACAGAAAAAACGUCAUUUCAUCCUUUACGAUCGACGGCUAGCUCGAGCAGGGCACAUACGGGCAUGGCGGACACAAAUCGAUCUGGAACUUGAGCAUGAGCGUCAAGAAGAUGACUCUGCUGACGAGAAAAAGCGAUAA